AAGGAGCCGUCCACGACAUAUCUGAUCUAAUCCUAAUAAGUUUUUAAUUCAAGUUUUUAACUUCGCGGCGGGUCCCGGCAUCUUCCGACAGCUGUCUUCAAAUUUCGUGUCGGAGAACAAAUCACACCCUUAGCUCAUACUGGUUCUGUGAUAUGUUUUGGAUCACAGAAAAACGCGUUUUUCAUCCUUAAAUAAAACCUCUGAAACCUCACUCGAAAUACCUCGAAUCCAAAUCCUAGGUUUCUUACUUCUCAAUUUUCCAGUCCGGCAUUGUUUGCGGUUGAACCGAGACCAGAUCGGGUAAAGAACCGGAAGAUGAUAGACAAGUGUUUGGGAGCUCAAAGAUCUAGAAAGAUCCAGAGAGCUGUCCGUCACUGUAAGGUCACGAUUCUCUGCCUCGUCCUCACCGUGGUUGUCCUACGCGGCACUAUCGGAGCCGGGAAAUUCGGAACUCCGGAGCAAGACUUCGUCGAGAUACGCGACCACUUCUAUUCCCGCAAACGCGCCGAGCCGCAUCGCGUCCUUGAAGAAGUCGAAACGACGUCGUCCGAUAACCAAGCAGCCACCGACGCCGACACAAACAAUUACAACGAGUUCGACAUAAAUAAGAUCUUAAUCGACGGGGAAUCCGACGACCCGAAACCUGACCCCAAUAAACCCUACUCGCUCGGGCCCAAAAUCUCCGAUUGGGACGAGCAACGAUCUAGAUGGCUGAUAGAAAACCCUAAUUACCCAAAUUUCAUCGGUCCAAACAAACCAAGGGUUCUCUUAGUCACCGGUUCAUCUCCCAAACCUUGUGAGAACCCUGUCGGUGAUCAUUACUUAUUGAAAUCGAUCAAGAACAAGAUCGAUUACUGUAGAUUGCACGGGAUCGAGAUAUUUUACAACAUGGCGCUUUUAGAUGCUGAAAUGGCAGGGUUUUGGGCCAAAUUACCUUUGAUUCGAAAGCUUUUGCUUUCGCAUCCGGAGGUGGAAUUCCUCUGGUGGAUGGAUAGUGAUGCAAUGUUUACCGAUAUGGCAUUUGAGGUACCUUGGGGAAGGUAUAAAGACUCGAACUUGGUUAUGCACGGAUGGAAUGAGAUGGUUUAUGAUCAAAAGAAUUGGAUUGGGCUAAAUACUGGAAGUUUUUUGUUGAGGAAUGGCCAAUGGGCCCUUGAUCUUCUUGAUGCUUGGGCUCCAAUGGGUCCUAAAGGGAAGAUUAGGGAAGAAGCAGGGAAGGUUUUGACGCGGGAACUCAAGGAUCGACCUGUUUUCGAAGCAGAUGAUCAGUCUGCAAUGGUUUAUUUGUUGGCUACUCAAAGGGGGAAGUGGGGUGAUAAGGUUUACUUGGAGAGUGCUUAUUAUUUGCACGGUUAUUGGGGGAUCUUGGUUGAUAGGUAUGAGGAAAUGAUUGAGAAUUAUCAUCCGGGUUUGGGUGAUCAUCGUUGGCCGUUGGUGACUCACUUUGUGGGUUGUAAGCCUUGUGGGAAGUUUGGGGAUUACCCGGUUGAGAGGUGCUUGAAGCAGAUGGAUAGAGCAUUCAAUUUUGGUGAUAAUCAAAUACUUCAGAUUUAUGGGUUUACUCACAAGUCUUUGGCUAGUAGAAGGGUGAAGAGAGUACGAAACGAGACUGGUAAUCCGCUUGAGGUGAAAGAUGAACUUGGACUGCUUCAUCCAGCUUUUAAAGCGGUUAAGGUAUCCUCUUCUUGAUGAUAUAGGCUGUCUAUGAGAUCAUAUGCUGCUAAUUAAUAAGUUACGACGUUCAAAUGUUGUGUGAAGUGCGAAUUUUAUGUUUUAGGUCUGGGGAAAUAGUAUUCUUUUGUUCCUUAUCUGUGUUUAAAAUUAAAAGUUCUUAAUGCUUUCCCAAGGAAAACAGUGCCGAUGAGUUUGUCUGCAGCUUCAAUUUUGUAGAAUACAUCAAACUUGGAUCUGUCAUUAUCACUUGAAUUUGUUAGCCGUAAAGUGCUGCAUUGUAAUUCAAUCAGUCGGAUAAAUACUAAUAGAAGUAUAAUAUUGCUGCAUCAUGAAUCAUUUUAUUGCUGUCAGUACCUGGUAUAAUUACUUAUUGGUAUGAUAAUUAAAUGAAAAUUUGUGGCUUCGGGUACCCCAUUCUUUAGAAGCAUUAGCAGGACGAAUAGGCUGGUUUCAAUUUAAAUUUGUGGUUAAGUAGCUGUUUACAUGGUUCGAGAACCAAUGUCAUUAGACUCUCUCUCUCUCUCUCUCUCUCUCUCUGUGUACCCCUUCUUUAUUUUGGACUUUUGAGGUUAAGAAUGAGGAGGAAAAGUUUAUAUAGUUUACGUUGAAAGUAUGAAUGAAUUUUAUUUUUUGAAUGAAAGAAUUUUAAUUUCAAAUAUUCUGCUAGAACACCAUGCCAAGUUACUGGGAGCAUAUAAGGAUUAGACUAAGGAGAAGAUAGAGUGGACGAUAUACGAUGCAAUUUCAAUCCUAGUUUUCUUCAGAGCUAACUAGUCAGAGAAACAUAGUUGAUAAAUUUGUUUUAUUGGUUGAGUUCCGAUUUAUGGUCUUAACAUCCUUCAAAAAAAUGGUUGAUAAUGGAGAUAAUUACGGCAGAGACAAUGUCCCUGCUAAGGUUCUCUGUUCAGGGAGGAUUAUGUUAAAACGUAGUAAGCACUGUUCAUGGAUGACAAAUUCAAACCUGUGGGAUUCAUCUUUUGAAUUAACCUUUAGAAAACAGUUAGAACAAAGAAAAACUACAGGAUUGAGAAACAACCAAAAAGUAAAAAGUUCAACUACAAAACUUUCCAAUAAAGACCUUGUAAAAUUGAAAACACAUCAAAACCAUUAACUUGUGAGAA